AUGACAGCGUGCGAGCUGCUCGAUGGACAAGCUGUUAUCUGUUGCAAAAGUGGGAAGGAUCGAACUGGCAUGGCUGUCACAAUAGAACAAGCACGAGUACUCCGCGAAACGUGCGGGCUCAACGCAGCACAGCUUCAAGAAGUGAUGGCAUCGCUACGAAGGGACGGUGUUCGCAGGGAGAACUGCCGUAAAAAUGUGGAAAAAGCUGUUUACUCAUUCAGUCCUUUUCAAAUGCACUUCCUCCCGAAGCCUUUCCGUCCGCCAAGUGGCACGUAUGCUCAAGGCAUCGCGAGCUGA